AGGAGCUCAAGCGUGGGUUUGGGAAAGGGAGAAAGCGUGUGUGUGUGUGUGUGUGUAUGAGAGAGAGAGAGACAGAGAGAGACAGAGAGAGUAGCCUGUCCUCAGUGUUUUUCCGCAGUCCGAGUUCAGUAAUAUAAACACUAAUCAGCCAUGACUGAAGGGUUCUCUCUGGAAGACUGCGAUGUCAUCGGCUUUGAUCUGGAUCACACACUGUGCCGGUACCAUCUGAAGGAGACCUGUAUGCUGAUAUAUGAGAGUUUUGCUCGAUAUUUGGUGGAGCAUAAAGGCUACGAUAAAGAUCUGCUGAAUGUGACUCCAGACACCUGGGACUUCUGUUUUAAAGGCCUUGUGGUGGACUUAGAAGAGGGGAACCUGAUCAAACUCGCUGAGGACGGAACAGUGCUACGAGCAACUCAUGGAACACGGAACCUGAGCACAGAGGAGAUCAUAAAGCAGUAUGGCCCAAAGCGAGAGUGGAAACAUUUCAACAGCCUCAACACCACCUUCACACGAUCUGCUAAAUACUACUUUUACGAUAACUACUUUGACCUGCCAGGAGCUCUGCUCUGUGCUCGGGUGGUGGACCUGCUGAACAAGAAAGGAAAAGAAGUUACAUCAGACUUUUGGAAGGACAUGGUGGCAGCCAUCGACCAUAACUACAAUACAUCUGCGUUCAGAGAGGACUCCGGGUGGUACUUCCCCAGUGUGAAGCGUGAUCCUGAGCGAUAUCUCCAGUCCUGUCCUGAAUCAGUGUGUCAGUGGCUGAGGAACCUGAAGCAGAGUGGGAAAGUCCUGCUGCUCAUCACCAGCUCACACUCUGACUACUGCAGACUGGUGUGUGAACACAUCCUGGGGAAAGAUUUUGAGGAUCUUUUUGACGUGAUCAUCACCAAUGCACUGAAGCCAGGAUUCUUUUCUCUAAUUCCACAUCAGAGACCCUUCAGGACCCUAGUGAAUGACGUGGAGAGCGGGACAGAGUUGGCGUGUUUGGAGAAGCGUGGCUGGUUCUCACAGGGAAACUGGCCACACCUCCAUGACCUGCUCAAAUCCCUAACAAACAAACAGGAGCCCAAGGUGGUGUAUUUCGGGGACAGUAUGCGCUGUGACAUGUAUCCAGCAUUCACCUUUGCAAAGUGGGAGACUGUGAUGAUACUGGAGGAGAUGGAGGGAGAAGGUGUGGUCAAAGAGAAACAGCAGGGCUCCGCCUACAAUCAAGGCCCUGCAGAGAAGAAGGGAAAGUUUGAGGAGUGUAUGAAGGCCCCCUCGGCUGUGUCUCAGGAGUGGGGCUCAUAUUUUGUGGACGUUCAGACAGAUGAAGCUGGACAGGAACGCCACACACUAACCUGGUGCUGCAGCUCCAUUCACAAAUACAGCAGUAUGGCUAUACCCAGUGUGGAGAGUAUAGCAGCUCUUCCUCUGAAUUUCCAGUUUAAGCGUUUCUCCAAAGCUCAGUCCUGCACGAGGGGUUAUUACCCCUCACCCCCCCACUCAUUACUGAAGAGGGCGGAGUCCUGAACUGACCGGUGGAGUGUGUGUGUUUGUGUAUAUGUAGUGUGUUAAUGUUGAGUAUAAUUGUAUAAUUGUCCGUUUUCAUUCACAGAGCCUGUAAGCCAUCAUAGUGUAGACACACUAAAUGUGUGUGUUUGUGUGUGUGUGUGUUCUGUUAUUUUGUGAAGUGUGUGUUGUUCAUUACAUUAAAAUCAUUAGGUGUUAUAUUGUCAAAAGUGUUUUUGUUGUUUGUGUUUAUUUUCUAACUCAAGGUGUGUGUGUGUGUGUGUGUGUGUGUAAAGAUAAACAGCCGAUGUGAAUUUCUGACCGGUGUAGGUGUUGUGUUCGUCAGUUGUGUGUGUUGUUUUGUUCAGCUGUCUGCAAUAAACACUCUCAAACACAUGUUCCAGUGUUCCACUCGGUGUGUGUGUUUUUGUGUUUUUAUUCUCAAUAAAGAUUCCCUACUGACCCAA